AUGGGGGUGACCCCGUUCGUUACACACGAACGGGGGUCGUGCGUAAAUUUAAUUAAAAAUUUUUUAAAGGCUCUAUAUUCUCUCUCUUCUGCCGAUUUAUCAUUAGGAGGAGAACCUUGUAAUAUUUCUCUUAAAUGGGAGGCACGGCAACAAUUUAAAGAAGAAAAUGAAGAAGAAAAUAAUUUUAAUAAUAAUAAUAGAGGUAAAGCACUUGUUUCUUUGGAUUUUGAAGCAAAAACACGUCAAGUACAGUUUGCAUUGAAGGAAAUGGCUGAUUUACCUAAAGAUGCGACUUUGGGACUUCCUGAUCCAUAUGCAAAAAUUUAUGCAUUAAUUAAUGGAACUAAACGAAUAGCAAAACACAAAACUCGUGUUCAAAAAAGAACAUUAACACCUUUAUUUAAACAAGAUGAUUGGUUAAAUUUUGUAUUGCCUGAAAGUGUUGGGAUUGGAAGUGAUGGAAUACCUAAAGGGUUGUCUUUCCAAGUUGUUUUGUUUAAUCAUGAUGGUGAGUAG